AUGGGCGGAGCUGAGGCCAACGAAGAGAAGGAGAAGCGGGUUGAGGUCUUGAUGUGUGGGUAUUUCCCGGGAGUCACGUCGCAGCGGCCGCCGCUUUCCUCGCCGGCGAUUGUGCGGCGUCCGGAGGCGGAGGUAGAUGGAGAUUCGUGGAAGGACGUAUGCGCCGGAGGAUGCGGCUUCGGGAUGGCUGUUUCCGCUUCCGGUAAGCUUAUUACAUGGGGUUCGGCCGACGAUCAGGGCCAGAGCUAUCUGACCUCCGGGAAGCAUGGGGAGAACCCAGAAAAGUUUCAUGUCCCAACAACAGAUCGGAUUGUAAAAGCUGCUGCUGGAUGGGCACACUGUAUUUCUGUUACCGAUAAAGGGCAAGUGUAUACUUGGGGAUGGAAGGAGUGUGUUCCCUCUAGUAAAGUCACUCGUAAUUGGAAUAACAUAAAAAGUUUCGAAGAAGAUGAAAAUUGUGCAAAGCAAAGUUCAGCAACAAAGGAACAAGAUAGCCCACGGUCACAGAGUCCGAAAUCCACAGGACAAAUCUCGUUUCCAAAUGACAAAUUAGCGGGAAUUGAAGCUAUGAAACGGAGAAAAGUUACUCCUCAGCAAGAAUUGGAUGCUUCAAUACCUACCGACGAAACUCUAUCUAUGCCGCCUUGUCUUGUGGAGCUCGAUUCUGGGGUAAAGAUCACCUCCGUUGCUGCCGGGGGCCGGCAUACUCUAGCAUUGUCGGAUGUGGGACAGGUUUGGGGUUGGGGCUAUGGAGGUGAAGGUCAGCUCGGUUUGGGUUCUAGAAUAAAAACGGUGGCAUCCCCUCAUCUCAUACCUUGUACUGAAUCAUCCACGAGUGGAUUAGAAAGCUCUGAUGUUAGUCAACAAAGUCUUGCUUCUGAAGAUAAGAAGUUUAUUGGCAACUACGUGAAGGGGAUUGUGUGCGGAGGCCGGCACAGUGUAGUGGUGACAGAUGCUGGUGUGCUUCUUGCCUUCGGCUGGGGACUGUAUGGACAGUGUGGACAAGGGAAUACUGAUGAUCUGCUGAAGCCAUAUUGUGUUCCCUCACUAAUGGGCACUCGAAUUGAGGCAGUUGCAGCUGGCCUUUGGCAUACAAUUUGCAUAUGUACUGAUGGUCGUGUUCAUGUUUUUGGAGGAAAUCAGUUUGGGCAGUUGGGUUUGGGAACUAAUUCGGACCAGUGCGAGCUUGUCCCCAGGCUUGUUAAUGAACCGAUCCUUGACGGAAAGAAAGCCAAGGUGGUGUGUUGUGGGGCCCGCCACAGCGCUAUACUGACGGAUGAUGGUGAAAUCUUCAGCUGGGGAUGGAACAAAUACGGUCAGCUCGGUUUAGGUGAUACAGUCGAUGUCAACGUGCCUGCAAAGGUUCCCCUGAAAGAUUACACUCCCAAGAACAUAGCCUGUGGCUGGUGGCAUACACUUUUGCUAUGUGAGAGAGUUCCAUCUACUUAG